AUGGAGGCCUUCCAGAAAGAUGAGAAGCGCCUUAGAAGAACUGCCAGCACAAGUGUGAAGCGGGCAGCCAACAGCAAAGAGAAGGAUAGACUGCGUAAUAUUGAGCAAGAGUUGGCAUUGCUCAAGAACAGCAGUGAUGUUGUAAACUGCCAAAACUGCCAGGCAAACCAGAAAAAGAUUGAGGAGCUGGAGACUUUAAACAAGGACCUCCAGAAAGGCCUUAUUCAAAAGAUUUUUUCAACCGGCGACCUGGACCUUGGCAGCAGCCAAGCUGAGCACUGCGACAGUGAAGUCGAGCUCUGCAGCAGCCAGGGCGAGCUCGGCAGCAGCCAGGGUGAGCUCGACAGCAGCCAGGGCGAGCUCAGCGGCAGCCAGGGCGAGCUCGGUGACCCCAACAACGGACCUGACGGCAGCCAGUGGGACCAGUACCGUUUUGUGGAUCAAACGGUCAUUGGUUCAAGCAGAGAUGAUGGCAAGAUCUACGCCGGGUGCAACCGAUGGGUUGACAAGGAUGCCUGGGCCAUGCUCAUGAGGUCACCAAGUGAUUCUAUGUUUUGCCGCUCUGCGUGCCUCAUAUAUUGGACACCAGAGCAGCUGAAGUGCCGAAGUGUGACAGGGGUCCUGUCAAACAAAUACGGGUCGCUUGGGCAGACGCAGGCCAAACCUGCCAUGACACCCGAGAAGCUGAACGCCCUGAAAGCGGUGUUCCAUGUUUACAUGGGGGACAACACGCCGGCGGAUGUGGCCGACAAAAGGGUCAAGAGCGUCCGCCGGCACCUGGCCCAAAAGUUGGGUGACGUCCAGCGGAAAUAUGUGCCGUAA